CUGCCCAGCAGCAUCAAACACAGCUGGACUCUAUAUUGAUGCUGCUCCAGGAGAACAUCAUCGGUUUUGUAAAGACCGAGCUGAAGGAGAUCCAGAGAGCUCUGAGUCCAGAUUACCCAGAAUGCUUAGCGAGUCAGAGGGAGGAUGAGGAUGAAGAGCAGAGGAGGAGCAGAGAGGCCUUUCUGGAGAUCACUCUGCACUUCCUGAGGAGAAUGAAGCAGGAGGAGCUGGCUGACUGUCUGCAGAGCAGAACUGUUGUUCCAGAGUGCAGACGUAAACUGAAGUCUCACCUGAAGGAGAAGUUCCAGUGUGUGUUUGAGGGGAUCGCUAAAGCAGGAAACCCAACCCUUCUGAACCAGAUCUACACAGAGCUCUACAUCACAGAGGGAGGGACUGGAGAGGUCAAUGAUGAACAUGAGGUCACACAGAUUGAAGCAGCAUCCAGGACACCACACAGACCAGAGACCACCAUCAGACAAGAAGACAUCUUUAAAGGCCCACCUGGAAGAGAUCAACCAAUCAGAGCAGUGCUGACAAAGGGAGUGGCUGGCAUCGGGAAAACAGUCUUAACACAGAAGUUCACUCUGGACUGGGCUGAAGACAAAGACCACCAGGACAUCCAGUUCACAUUCCCCUUCACUUUCAGAGAGCUGAAUGUGCUGAGAGAGAGAAAGUUCAGCUUGGUGGAACUUGUUCAUCACUUCUUUACUCAGACCAGAGAAGCAGGACUCUGCAGGUUUGAAGAGUUCCAGGUUGUGUUCAUCUUUGACGGUCUGGAUGAGUGUCGACUUCCUCUGGACUUCCACAACAAUCAGAUCCUGACUGAGGCUACAGAGUCCACCUCAGUGGAUGUGCUGCUGACAAACCUCAUCAGGGGGAACCUGCUCCCCUCUGCUCACCUCUGGAUCACCACAAGACCUGCAGCAGCCAAUCAGAUCCCUCCUGAGUGUGUUGACAUGGUGACAGAGGUCAGAGGGUUCACUGACCCUCAGAAGGAGGAGUACUUCAGGAAGAGAUCCAGAGACCAGGAGCAGGCCAGCAGAGUCAUCUCCCACCUCAAGACAUCCCGAAGCCUCCACAUCAUGUGCCACAUCCCGGUCUUCUGCUGGAUCACUGCUACAGUUCUGGAGGAUGUGCUGAAGACCAGAGAGGGAGGAGGGCUGCCCAGGACCCUGACUGAGAUGUACAUCCACUUCCUGGUGGUCCAGUCCAAACUAAAGAGCAUCAAAUACGAUGGAGGAGCUGAGACUGAUCCACACUUGAAUAAAAAGAGCAGGGAGAUGAUCCAGUCUCUGGGAAAAUUGGCUUUUGAUCAGCUGCAGAAAGGAAACCUGAUCUUCUAUGAGUCGGACCUGACAGAGUGUGGCAUCAAGAUCAAGGAAGCCUCAGUGUACUCAGGAGUGUUCACACAGAUCUUCAGAGAGGAGAGAGGACUGUACCAGGACCAGGUGUUCUGCUUCAUCCACCUGAGCGUUCAGGAGUUUCUGGCUGCUCUUCAUGUCCAUCUGACCUUCACCAGGUCUGGACUCAACCUGAUGGAAGAACAACCAACAUCCCUGAUCUCUAAAAUCUUUAGAGACAAACCUAAACUGAACCGUCUCCAUCAGAGUGCUGUGGACCAGGUUGUACAGAGUCCAAAUGGACACCUGGACUUGUUCCUGCGCUGCCUCCUGGGUCUUUUACUGCAGACCAAUCAGGCUCUCCUGAGAGGUCUGCUGACACAGACAGGAAGUAGCUCACAGACCAAUCAGAAAACAGUCCAGUACAUCAAGAAGAAGAUCAGUGAGGAUCUGUCUGCAGAGAGAAGCAUCAACCUGUUCCACUGUCUGAAUGAACUGAAGGACCGGUCUCUAGUGGAGCAGAUCCAACAGUCCCUGAGAUCAGGACUUCUCUCCACAGAGAAACCGUCUCCUGCUCAGUGGUCAGCUCUGGUCUUCAUCUUACUGUCCUCAGAGAAAGAUCUGGACCUGUUUGACCUGAAGAAGUACUCUGCUUCAGAGGAGGCUCUUCUGAGGCUGCUGCCAGUGAUCAAAGCCUCCAACAAAGCUGUGCUGAGUGGAUGUAACCUGUCAGAGAGAAGCUGUGAAGCUCUGUCCUCAGUCCUCAGCUCACAGUCCUCCAGUCUGAGAGAGCUGGACCUGAGUAACAACCACCUGCAGGAUUCAGGAGUGGAGCUGCUGUCUGCUGGACUGAAGAGUCCACAUUGUAAACUGGAAACUCUCAGGUGUGCUGGAUGUAACCUGUCAGAGAGAAGCUGUGAAGCUCUGUCCUCAGUCCUCAGCUCACAGUCCUCCAGUCUGAGAGAGCUGGACCUGAGUAACAACCACCUGCAGGAUUCAGGAGUGGAGCUGCUGUCUGCUGGACUGAAGAGUCCACAUUGUAAACUGGAAACUGUCAGGUGUGCUGGAUGUAACCUGUCAGAGAGAAGCUGUGAAGCUCUGUCCUCAGUCCUCAGCUCACAGUCCUCCAGUCUGAGAGAGCUGGACCUGAGUAACAACCACCUGCAGGAUUCAGGAGUGGAGCCGCUGUCUGUACAACAUUGUAAACUGGAAACUUUCAGGCUGUCAGGAUGUCUGAUCACAGAGGAAAGCUGUGCUUCUCUGGCCUCAGCUCUGACCUCCAACUCCUCCCACCUGAGAGAGCUGGACCUGAGCUACAACCAUCCAGGAGACUCAGGAGUGGAUCUGCUGUCUGCUGGACUGGAGGAUCCCCUCUGCAGACUGGAUACACUGAGGGUGCGUGGCUGCAGUGUCAGCUGGAACUACUGUCAGUCUUUGGUUAGCAUGCUAGAUUGUCAGGCUACGGAUGUUACAUCUUGUAUCCUGUCCAACAAUCUGAUGAAGGAUUCAGGGGUAAAGUUCCUCAGCGCUGCGCUACAGUCGCCUCACUGUCCCAGGGAGCAACUUUCGGGUGAACAGACGGGCCGGACACGGAUCUGCUGUGAAGCUCUGUCCUCAGUCCUCAGCUCCCAGUCCUCCAGUCUGAGAGAGCUGGACCUGAGUAACAACCACCUGCAGGAUUCAGGAGUAGAGCUGCUGUCUGCUGGACUGAAGAGUCCUCACUGUACACUAGAAACUCUCAGGCUUCCAGGCUGUCUGAUUUCAGAGGAAGGCUGUGCUUCUUUGGCCUCAGUUCUGAGCUCUAACCCCUCCCACCUUAGAGAGCUCGACCUGAGCUACAACCAUCCAGGAGACUCAGGAGUGAAUCUGCUGACUGCUAGACUGAAUGAUCUCCUCUGGAGACUGGAUACACUGAGGGUGGACCAUGGUGGAAAGCAGAGGUUAAAACCUGGACUGAAGAAAUAUGUCUGUGAACUCACUCUGGACUCAAACACAGCAAACAGAGAGCUCAGACUGUCUGAAGACAACAGGAAGGUGACACGUGUGUGGAAGGAUCAGUCAUAUCCUGAUCAUCCAGACAGAUUUGACUACUGGUCUCAGCUGCUGUGUAGAGAUGGUCUGACUGGUCGCUGUUACUGGGAGGUGGAGUGGAGAGGAAGGGUUCACAUAUCAGUGAGUUACAGAGGAAUCAGUAGGAAAGGAAAAAAUGAUGACUGUGUGUUUGGAUCUAAUGAUCAGUCCUGGAGUCUGCUCUGCUCUGAUGGUGUUUACUCCCUCCAUCACAACAGCAGAACAGUCCUCCGUAUCUCCUCAUCCUCUGUCUCUCACAGAGUAGCAGUGUAUGUGGACUGUCCUGCUGGCACUCUGUCCUUCUACAGAGUCUCCUCUGACUCUCUGAUCCCCCUCCACACCUUCAGAACCUCCUUCACUGAACCUCUGUACCCUGGGUUUGGGUUUAUGUUGUGGUCUUCUGGCUCCUCAGUGCGUCUGUGUUCUGUGUAGCAGGGAGAGUCUCCUCCUCUACACAAACACCAAACACACACACAGCUGCUGAAGAACAUUUUACCCUCUGCACUAACACACAAACUUCAGCUGAUCAUGUGACUGUUUCUAUCCUGUCAUCAAUAUGACUGUCUUUUAUCAAAGAGCACAACUCAAUAGAAAAUAACCUAACCGAACUUUACUUAUUUACAUCUCUAUUGUGAAAACAUCAGGCCUCA